UGGCGGCGCGCACGGCAUGGCGGCGGCGGCGCGCGCCUGAGGAGAGGGGACGCCGGACCGGUCAGGCCUCGGCGCGGCCUACACGCUUCGCUCGCCCGCUCCCUGCUCCCGCCCCGCGCCCGGCCAUGGCGGAGCCCUCGUCAGCGCGACGCCCGGUGCCCCUCAUCGAGUCGGAGUUGUACUUCCUCAUCGCCCGGUACCUAUCGGCGGGCCCGUGUCGGAGAGCGGCCCAGGUGCUGGUGCAGGAGCUGGAGCAGUACCAGCUGUUGCCGAAGAGGUUGGACUGGGAGGGCAACGAGCACAACAGGAGCUACGAGGAAUUGGUAUUGUCCAAUAAGCAUGUGGCUCCUGAUCAUCUGUUGCAAAUCUGCCAGCGCAUCGGUCCUAUGUUGGAUAAAGAAAUUCCACCCAGUAUUUCAAGAGUCACUUCUUUACUUGGUGCAGGAAGGCAGUCUUUGCUACGUACAGCAAAAGACUGCAGGCACACAGUUUGGAAGGGCUCUGCCUUUGCUGCUCUUCAUAGAGGAAGACCACCUGAAAUGCCAGUGAAUUAUGGUUCCCCACCAAAUCUUGUGGAGAUACAUCGAGGAAGGCAACUCACAGGGUGUUCCACUUUUAGCACAGCAUUUCCAGGAACUAUGUAUCAGCAUAUAAAAAUGCACAGAAGGAUUCUCGGACAUCUGUCUGCUGUUUACUGCGUAGCAUUUGAUAGGACAGGACAUAGAAUCUUUACAGGUUCAGAUGACUGUUUGGUAAAGAUUUGGUCAACACAUAAUGGCCGCCUCUUAUCUACGUUAAGAGGUCAUUCUGCAGAAAUUUCAGACAUGGCAGUAAACUAUGAGAAUACAAUGAUUGCUGCAGGUAGCUGUGAUAAAAUCAUUAGAGUGUGGUGCUUGAGAACUUGUGCCCCAGUUGCUGUGCUCCAAGGACACACGGGAUCAAUCACAUCUUUACAGUUUAGUCCAAUGGCCAAAGGCUCUCAGAGAUAUAUGGUUUCCACUGGUGCUGAUGGGACAGUUUGCUUUUGGCAGUGGGAUUUAGAAUCCCUGAAAUUUAGUCCACGUCCCCUGAAGUUUACUGAAAAGCCUAGGCCAGGCGUUCAGAUGCUUUGUUCUUCUUUUAGUGUUGGUGGUAUGUUUUUAGCCACAGGUAGUACUGAUCAUGUAAUCAGAAUGUAUUUUUUGGGUUUUGAAGCACCUGAAAAAAUUGCAGAACUUGAAAGCCACACUGAUAAAGUAGAUAGCAUCCAAUUUUGUAACAAUGGUGAUCGGUUCCUAAGUGGUAGCAGAGAUGGAACAGCACGGAUUUGGAGAUUUGAGCAGUUAGAGUGGAGAAGCAUUUUAUUGGAUAUGGCUACCAGAAUCUCAGGGGACUUAUCUUCAGAAGAGGAAAGAUUUAUGAAACCCAAAGUAACAAUGAUAGCUUGGAAUCAGAAUGAUAGCAUUGUUGUCACAGCUGUGAACGAUCACGUCCUCAAAGUGUGGAAUUCUUACAGUGGACAACUUCUUCAUAACUUGUUGGGACAUGCUGAUGAAGUGUUUGUUUUGGAGACACAUCCCUUUGAUUCCAGAAUUAUGUUAUCUGCAGGACAUGAUGGCAGCAUAUUUAUAUGGGAUAUUACAAAAGGCACUAAGAUGAAACAUUAUUUUAAUAUGAUUGAAGGGCAAGGACAUGGAGCUGUAUUUGACUGUAAGUUUUCACAGGAUGGACAACAUUUUGCCUGUACAGAUUCUCAUGGGCACCUUCUGAUAUUUGGUUUUGGAUGCAGCAAACCAUAUGAAAAGAUUCCAGACCAGAUGUUCUUCCAUACUGACUAUCGACCACUGAUUAGAGAUUCUAAUAAUUAUGUCUUAGAUGAGCAAACUCAGCAGGCUCCUCAUCUUAUGCCUCCACCAUUCUUGGUAGAUGUAGAUGGAAAUCCUCAUCCAACUAAGUAUCAGAGAUUAGUACCAGGCCGAGAAAAUUCUGCAGAUGAACAUUUGGUUCCUCAGCUAGGCUAUGUGGCAACAAGUGAUGGAGAGGUAAUUGAACAAAUUAUAAGCCUACAAACCAAUGAUAAUGGUGAACGAAGCCCAGAGUCUAGUAUUCUUGAUGGAAUGAUAAGACAGUUGCAGCAACAGCAAGAUCAGAGAAUGGGAGCAGAUCAGGAUACUAUUCCAAGUGGACUUCCAAAUGGAGAAGAAACACCCCGAAGAGGUUUUAGAAGACUUAGCUUAGACAUCCAGUCCCCUCCAAAUAUUGGUCUACGUCGCAGUGGACAAGUUGAAGGUGUUCGCCAGAUGCAUCAGAAUGCCCCACGUAGUCAGAUUGCUACAGAACGUGACCUGCAGGCUUGGAAACGAAGAGUGGUUGUACCAGAGGUACCGCUAGGCAUAUUUAGGAAGCUGGAAGACUUCCGUUUAGAGAAAGGUGAAGAGGAAAGAAAUCUUUAUAUAAUAGGAAGAAAAAGGAAAACUCUACAGCUCUCACAAAAGUCGGAUUCUGUGGUUUUGGUGUCACAGUCUAGACAGAGGACAUGUAGGCGUAAAUAUCUAAAUUAUGGUAGAAGAAAUCUUAGCCAGCAUGAGUUAUCUUCUGGAAAUGAGUCUUCAAGCUCUGUAAGACAUGAAACUUCCUGUGAUCAAAGUGAAGGUUCUUGUUCUUCUGAAGAAGAUGAAUGGAAAAGUGAUAGAAAAAGUGAAAGUUACAGUGAAAGUUCAAGUGACUCUUCAUCUAGAUAUUCUGAUUGGACAGCUGAUGCAGGUAUCAAUUUGCAGCCUCCUUUACGAAUGUCAUGUCGUCGACGAGUUACUAGAUUUUGUAGUAGUUCAGAAGAUGAAAUAUCUACUGAGAAUUUAUCUCCUCCAAAAAGAAGACGAAAGAGGAAGAAAGAAAGUAAGCCUAAAAAAGAGAAUUUGCGGAGGAUGACUCCAACAGAGCUUGCAAAUGUGGAACAUUUAUAUGAAUUUCAUCCUCCAGUUUGGAUUACUGACACCACACUUCGAAAGUCUCCUUUUGUGCCUCAAAUGGGUGAUGAGGUAAUAUAUUUUCGACAGGGUCAUGAAGCUUAUAUUGAGGCCGUCAGAAGAAAUAACAUUUAUGAACUGAACCCUAACAAGGAACCGUGGAGAAAAAUGGAUCUUAGGGAUCAAGAAUUGGUCAAAAUAGUUGGAAUACGAUAUGAGGUUGGGCCCCCUACACUCUGUUGCCUCAAAUUAGCAUUUAUAGAUCCAGCGACUGGAAAACUUAUGGAUAAAUCUUUCUCUAUUAGAUAUCAUGAUAUGCCAGAUGUUAUUGACUUUCUUGUAUUGCGUCAAUUUUAUGAUGAAGCAAGACAGAGGAAUUGGCAGUCUUGUGACAGAUUCCGCUCUAUUAUUGAUGAUGCUUGGUGGUUUGGAACAGUGUUAAGUCAAGAGCCAUAUCAACCGCAGUAUCCUGAUAGUCAUUUCCAGUGUUACAUUGUUAGAUGGGAUAAUACUGAGAUUGAAAAACUUAGCCCAUGGGACAUGGAACCAAUUCCUGAUAAUGUUGAUCCUCCUGAAGAAUUAGGGGCUAGUAUUUCUGUCACAUCGGAUGAGCUGGAGAAAUUGCUUUACAAACCCCAAGAUGGUGAGUGGGGUCAGAAAUCAAGAGAUGAAGAAUGUGACCGAAUUAUUAGUGGGAUAGAUCAACUUUUGAAUCUCGAUAUAGCAGCAGCUUUUGCAGGCCCGGUUGAUCUAUGCACAUAUCCGAAGUACUGUACUGUAGUAGCUUAUCCAACCGAUCUUUACACAAUUCGAAUGAGACUUGUUAAUCGAUUUUACAGGAGGCUGUCUGCAUUAAUUUGGGAAGUCAGAUAUAUAGAACAUAAUGCCAGAACAUUUAAUGAACCUGAGAGUGUAAUUGCAAGAUCAGCUAAAAAGAUAACUGACCAGCUUUUAAAAUUUAUCAAGAAUCAACAUUAUACAAAUAUAUCAGAACUUUCUAACACGUCUGAAAACGAUGAGCAAAAUGCUGAGGAUUUGGAUGAUAGUGAUCUUCCUAAAACAUCUUCUGGAAGAAGGAGAGUCCAUGAUUGGAAAAAAAGGAGCAGCAGAGCUACGAACUGUGUUGAAAGCAACUGGAAGAAACAGUGUAAGGAACUAGUGAACUUAAUUUUUCAAUGUGAAGAUUCUGAACCGUUUAGACAACCUGUUGAUUUGGUUGAAUAUCCAGACUACCGAGAUAUUAUAGAUACCCCAAUGGAUUUUGGAACAGUAAGGGAAACUCUAGAUGCGGGAAAUUAUGACAGCCCUUUGGAAUUUUGCAAAGACAUCCGGUUGAUAUUUAGCAAUGCAAAAGCAUAUACACCAAACAAAAGAUCAAAGAUUUAUAGCAUGACCUUGAGAUUGUCUGCCUUAUUUGAAGAAAAAAUGAAGAAAAUCUCUUCUGAUUUUAAAAUUGGUCAAAAAUUCAAUGAAAAACUUCGAAGAAGCCAGAGGUUCAGGCAACGGCAAAAUCGUAAAGGUGUUAGUCAGGCUAACAAAAGUAUCAGAAAUAUGAAGCAGAAGCAGUUAAAAUCUCAGACAAAAACAGUCUCUGAGUUGGUAGGUUCUCCUGGCCAGUCUACUUCAAGUAGGGCAGCUUAUUCUGCAACCCGCAAGACAAGUGCCGGUAUCUCUUCAGGUGUUACUUCUGGUGAUUCUUCAGAUUCAGCAGGAUCCUCAGAAAGAAUGAGAAGUAGACCUACAACUCUAAUAAAUGGUUCUACGUUAUCUGAAAGUGAAAUGGAAGAUUCCUUAGCUACCUCUCCAUCAUCUUCAGCUUCAGAUAGUUCAGAGGAAAGCAAAGAGAGUUCAAGAGCUCGUGAAUCCUCCUUACGUAGUGGGCUGUCCAGAAGCAGCAGUCUCAGGGUGACCAGAACUAGAGCUGCUCAAAGAAAAACUGGUCCUGUUUCUCUAGAAAAUGGAUGUGGCAGAAAAGCUACUCGAAAGAGAGUCUAUUUAAGUGACUCUGAUAACAAUUCAUUGGAGACAGGUGAAAUUUUAAAAGCCAGAGCUGGAAAUAACCGAAAAGUCCUACGGAAAUGUGCUGCUGCAGCUGCCAAUAAGAUAAAGCUGAUGAGCGAUGUAGAAGAGAAUUCUAGCUCUGAAAGUGUCUGCUCUGGUCGGAAGCUGCCUCACCGCAAUGCUUCUGCUGUAGCUAGAAAGAAGUUAUUACAUAAUUCUGAAGAUGAUCAGAGUUUAAAGUCAGAAAUUGAAGAAGAGGAACUAAAAGAUCAAAAUCAAUCAUCGCCAGUGUCCAAUUCUCCUGCUACCCAGAAUAUUGCCAGUGAAUCUGAAAAUGGAGAUUCAGAAUCAGAAAGUGAUUUGCGGGUAGCCCGGAAAAACUGGCAUGCUAAUGGUUGUAAGUCCCAUGCUCCAGCAACUUCUAAAACAAAAUUUCUUAAAAUAGAGUCUUCUGAAGAAGACUCUAAAAGUCACGAUUCAGAUAAUGUACAUAACAGAACUGCCGGCCCAUCAACAUCUGGGCAGAAACUUAAGGCAGAGAGCAUCUCAGAGGAAGUGGAUUCUGAACCAGGAAAAUGUGGCGGUAGGAAAUACAAUACAUUUCACAAGAAUGCCAAUUUCUUUAAAAAAGCAAAGAUCUUGAGUGAUUCAGAAGACUCUGAAUCCGAAGAACAAGAUAGAGAAGAUGGUAGAUCUCAUAAAAUGGAAAUGAUCCCAAUUUUAAGAAAUCUGAAGUGUGACCCUAUUGCUGUGUCCCAGCGUUUCUCAGAUCAUGUAUCUGAGACUGAUUUAGAUUCAGAUGAUGGCAAAACAAAAGAAAAACCAAAUAAUUUUUUGAAAGAUUCUACUUCACAAGACAAUGGACAAAACAGAAGAGUUCCCAGGAAAAGAGUCUGUUCCAGUGACUCAGACAGCAAUUCAAAGGUGGUAAAGAAAUCAUCAAAAGCUAAAACAGGUCUCCUAAGGAUUACUCGAAGAUGUGCAACUGCAGCUGCCAAUAAGAUGAAGCUUAUGAGUGAUGUAGAAGAUGUCAGUUUAGAAAACGUGUGCACUAGAAGCAAAAACAGAAGGAAAAAAACCAUUCGUUUUGCUUCUACCACAGCUAAAAAGAUACUAAGUGAUUGUGAGGGAGAUGUAAACUGUGAACUGCCAAAUGAAGAGUAUGCCUGUGAAGGUAAGGCAGUUGAACCUGACUCAGAAAGUAGUACAAAAAAUAUUAGUCAGUCUUUACAUGGAGACUCAGACUCUGAAGGGGUGUUAAAUUCAGAACACAAGCAAAGGCAUACCAAUAGUCACAAAACAAAUGUUCCUUCUAAAAUGAAAAAUUCCUCUAUUGAGUCUUCAGAGGAGGAUUCAAAAAGCCAUAUUCCAGGGAGGGAGAUUGGUAGAAAAUUUUCUUCUGAGUCAACUUUGACACAAAAAGCUACCGCAGAGAAUAACUUUGAAGAGGAGCUGAAUUACGGGCUACGUAGGUGGAAUGGCAGAAGACUCAGGACCUAUGGAAAGGCUCCUUUCAGUAAGACAAAAGUGAUUCAUGAUUCCCAGGAAGCAGCAGAAAUGGAAAUAAAAAGGAAGAGACUGCAUCCUGAAUUGGAAAAUGUGAAAAUUUCUGAAACAACCGGGUGUUCAAAGUUUGGACCUGACACUAGUCCCAAAUUAUCAGAUUUGGGAUCUGUUACUGAAUCAGAUAUUGACUGUACUGAUAAUACAAAAGCCAAAAGGAGAAAAACGAAAGGAAAAGCAAAAGUAGUUAGAAAAGAAUCUGUUCCUAGAGACAGAGAACCCAAUACAAAAAUGAGAACAUGUAUGCAUAAUGAGAAGGAUGCAGUGCAAAUGCCUAGUGAAACUCUGAAAGCAAAAAUGGUACCUGAGAGAGUUCCCCGCAGAUGUGCUACUAUUGCUGCAAAUAAAAUAAAGAUAAUGAGUAAUCUAAAAGAAACGAUUUCAGGACCAGAAAAUGUCUGGAUUAGGAAGAGUAGCAGAAAACUGCCCCAUCGAAAUGCUUCUGCUGCGGCUAAGAAAAAAUUACUGAAUGUUUAUAAAGAGGAUGAUACAACUGUAAAUUCUGAAAGUGAAAAAGAGCUAGAAGAUAUUAAUACCAAAAUGCUUUUUUUUAGGCGGUUCAGAUCCUGGAAAGAAAAAGCACAAUAGUGACUAUGAGAAUGUAGAAGUGGUGUCUGAAAACAAUUGGGCCACAAGUAAACUGGCAGUUGCAUUCUGCUCCUAGCUCUAAAGUCAAUUCCUUAUUGGCAUCUUUCAAGGAAUUUUCUAAAAGCCAUAAUCCAGUGGGUCAAAGUAGGAGGAAGGCUUCCUCCCCAUCAGCUCUUGUACAGACAGCACACUACAGGGAAUUCUGAGGAGGAAAUAGAUUGUGGAGCCUGUAGUGGAGAGGUGGAAAGAAAGGACACAUGGCUUGCUAUAAGAUUACGGUUUCUUUCCAGAAAGCAAGGGCCUUGAAGAAAUCUCUUGAUUCCUUAGAGGAAGAAAAUAAUGGGAAGUGUACAGGGUAUGUAGGAAAAACGCCAAGGACUGAAAAAAUGUCAAAAUCUCAACCUGAUGCUAAUUUUAAGGGUUCUCCAUUAGCAUAUAAAAAUUUACUAUCAUGAUUAUGGUGUCAUUACUGAAAUUAGAAGGAAAAAAAAUUAGGCUUAUUUUCAAAGGAAGUGUAGUGAGCCUAUUUGACUUUUGAGUGAAGCAAAAACUUUGCUCCAGAUCCAGUCCUUAUAAUUCACAUCCCAAAGGUCAAAACCAAUUUAAACUAACUAGAAGGACCAGGGGAUUCAAGGAUGGGGAUGUUGAUUAUUGAGUUCUGAAGUAAGAAUGUUGGAAAUAGACAAUUAGAGAAAGUCCAUUAAUGUCUUAUUUUGUUUAUAAUACUGGAAUUCAUACUGAAUGAUGACCACUUGAUAUGACUAAUUCAGGGAAUAUAUAUUUUUCUAUGAAAGAUGAAUGUGACAGCUUUUCCUUAUUUCUACUUUUACGUAGCAGCAUUUGCAGAAAUGCCAAAAUGUGCCUCAUUAAGAGGCAGGUCUUAGAAAAUAGAAAGUAUAACUUAAGAUCAAAACAGCCGUAUUUUUAAAUGAUACAGUGAAAUCCUCUCAUUUCUCUAUAGCACCUUAAAAGUUAGAACCUGAACACUAUGAGCAAAUUUACUGCAGUCUCAUCCCAACAUACUUUAAUGGCAGCAUGUCUGGUCCAUUUCAUUGUGGCCUUUGCUAGGAUCAGAAAGUCUGGUCAUGGUACAAUAAAGAAUUUAUUUGCAAUGGGGUUUAAUUUGUUAAUAGGUAUGUGUUGAAAUUAAGAUUACCAGAUUAAAUGAAUGUACUGUCAAAUCUUUAUAACAUAGUAACGUGUUAUUGGAAAAAAUAGAAGUUGUUUUCCCAUUUAAAAUCUGUGAAUAUUAUAUGAUUUGCAUGUAUAAAUCUGAAAAAGUAAACUAUAGAAACCUAAAGGUUUCUAUUCCUUUUUUAUUAAGCCUAAUGCAUAUUUUUUGGUUAUACAGAUGGACCAAGUGUCUAGAUUACUUGAGAAAUUUGUGUGUGGCUGCAUGUCUGUUUUAAAAAAGGCUUUAUUUGUGUGGAUUUUUUUCUUUCUUUCUUUUUUUUUUUUUUUUUUAGCAUAAGCCAAAAUAUUCUAACCUACAGAGUCUGUGUCCUUUGCUCUCAUUGUACUAUACUUCCCUCUGAAAUACUGCUCCCCAGUAUCUUGUGUUACUAGUACAGGUGAGAAAGGGAAGAAUUCCUAAUAAACUAUUACUUUUAGGUGCAUGGGGUUUGAUUUUUGAGUUCUAAUGCUUAAAAACUUAUUUCCAGUUCUAAAUUUACACUCAAUUUACAAUAGAAAUUUCUUGUUGGGUAUGUUAUAUCAACAGAUACCAUAAAGUGAAAAUAUUUAAGUUUCAGUGAAAACUAUUUUAUGCAAAGUUUUUUGGCAAUUUCAGUGUAAUGAAAGAAUUUAAGUUUUGAAUUUAUAAUUCACUGUGGUGGGGUUAAUUUCUGUUAGUAUUUGUGAUUGUAUCAUCAGUUUUUCAUAAUGGAAUCCCUUUUCUGGCGUAGUAUUUAAUUUGAACAUAUGUUUGCCUUUAUUUUUCUAAGUGCCUGGCCUAAAUUUAUUGUAACUGCAUGAAAUAAGCAUUUGUUUAAAAUUUAACAUUCUUGUAAAACUGUUCUCUCUGAAAUGUAUGCAGAAUUUAAAUCAUGGCCAAAUGUAUUAUCAUUACCUACUAUUUACUAUAAUUUUACUCAGCUUUGCGGAAAAUAUUUCUUCAUAAUGGAACUGUGAAAUCAAAUUGAAGAUCUUACUGGUAAAAAUGACAAAUUAUUUAACAAAAGGACUAAGACAAAUGGUGCCCAAACAACCUUUUUAUUCUGCAAUUCAGUUAUUAUAUUAGACCAAUUAACCCGGGAGUCCUAAUGUAGUUUUAAAAUACCGUAUUGUUAAUCUUGUAUAUUCUGUCUCAUUAAGGAUACCCAAAGUUUUCUAAGCUCUUACUGGCUAGCAAUUUGGUCUUAAUUUGUUUAUUCUUAAAUGUUCACAUUUUGCUUCAAAAUCCAAACCCAAAUUUUUUUUUGCAAUAGAUGUGUAAAAUUGCUAAAUACUGAUUUUAUGUAAGUGAUUUGGUGGAUCAUUAUUUCUCCACAUCUUAAAACAAGAUGUUUCUAGCAACUUUGAGGUUUUUUUUUUUUUUCCAAAUCUGAAGAGGCUCCCUCUGACCCCGUAGUAAAAUUUACCUUUGUGACUACUGACAAGGUCCCAAAAUGCAGGCAAUGCUAUGUAUUUCAGCACAGCUAAAUAGGAAACUCUUUUCUUUUCUCGUUGCAGUACUGGUUAUUUUCAUUUUCAGUUAAGUUAUGGUAGUUUUCCCCUUUUUCUCUUGCUUGGGAUAGUGCUCCUUGAACUCUGUCUUCCAACACAUUUUAAAGAAAACCAAUUAAGAAACAAUCACAUACUUAUUAAUGAAAGCCUAUUUAAAAACUUUUUUGUAUUACAGAUGACCAAGUUUAAAAAAGAGCAAACUAUUUUUACAUUCUCAUAAAAAUGUUUUUUAGAUCAGCUUGACAAUCAUCAGCUUUUGAAAUGUGAAUUCCUAUUGCCAGAGUAAAGGUCUCAGUUUUAUACCACCA